AUGUCUCUCAGCGACUCGCAAUUAUCUGCCAUCAUGGCAGCUGAAAGAGCAACUUCGAUUCUUUCUCUGAUCGGCACAACCUUUGUUAUCAGUACCUUCGUGGGCUCGCGCUCUUUCCGGAAGCCCAUCAAUCGUCUCGUCUUCUAUGCCGCUUGGGGCAACGUGAUGACCAAUGCCGCAACGCUGGUGUCGCGGUCUGGGAUUGUUGCUGGUGAGAAUUCCGCGCUUUGUCGGUUUCAGGGAUUUUUUAUUCAGUGGUUCAUGCCCGCGGACGCCUUGUGGACAUUUGCAAUGGCAUGCAACGUUUAUCUGACCUUUUUUCGAAAAUAUGACGCUUCGACCUUGCGGAAUCUGGAGUGGAAAUAUGUACUGAUGUGCUAUGGCCUCCCGUUCAUCCCGUCAUUUGUAUAUUUCUUUAUCAACAGCGACUCCAAGGGCCCCAUAUAUGGAUCUGCUGUGAUAUGGUGCUGGGUGUCAACUUCCUGGGACAUCCUCCGCAUCGCCGCCUUCUACGGCCCUGCGUGGUUCAUCAUUCUCAUAACAUUCGGCAUCUACAUCCGAGUCGGCCUGCAUAUAUUCAAAAACUGGCGUCUUCUGCAGAACUUCAGCAGUGCCGAUCAGCAUGGGACCGUCGAUAGUGGCUUUGAGAUCCACGCAUCCAAGGUCGUCCGCAUCACCAGUGAGGCGGCGAAUCUGGCGAAUAGCCCGAUUGAUGCUGAUGCUGAUGCCGAAGCCGCCGUCGCCAGGCAGUCGCAUGAUAGAGGAGACCAGGAGUCGGAAAGAAUAGCGAGGGGUGCUGGAAGAAGCUAUGCGAGAUAUUCGGUGACGGUGGAAAGGGGGAAUGCCAUUCCCAUGACACCAAUAACGCUAAAAGAAACUCUGGUCCAGUCAACGACAACACGACAUAGGCCGCGGAAUGAAAUAAAUAACGCAGCGGCGUGGGCGUACUGCAAAUAUGCAGCUCUCUAUUUCGUUGCUCUCAUCGUAACAUGGGUACCAUCGACCAUCAACCGCGUAUGGACAUUAGCUCGUCCAGAGUCGAUGAGCUUCGGAUUGGAGCUCGCUUCUGCGAUUGUUCUUCCCCUGCAGGGCUUCUGGAACAGCAUCAUCUACAUUGCCAUCUCGUCGUCGUUGAUCACGUCGUUCAUCCGCCGUCGACAUCACGGCCAUCGAAGCUACACGACAAAUAAGGUUCCAUUGCGAUUCAAACAGGUGACUAGAAAGUAUGACACACAAAGCUCUGGAUUAGACAGUCUCAGGUCGUUUGAUGAGUCGGAGAGUACGAGGCAGUUUGCGAGGCCGAAUGAGGCGAGGUCAGAGAUAUCAGAAUAA